AUGCGUCAGCUGGCCUCCGAGGGGAAGACCAUACUCAUCUCGUCCCACAUCCUCGAAGAGGUCGAGACCCUCGCCGACCGCAUCCUCCUCAUGGUCAGCGGCAAGCUGGCCGCGUCCGGCGACUUCCGCGCCAUCCGCGCCAAGCUCGACGAGCAGCCCUACACCGUCCGCGUCGUCUCCGACAGCCCCAGGGCCAUGGCGUCCGCCCUCGUCGAGAUGGACGGUAUCGAGUCGGUCUCCAUGGCCGAGGACGGAGAGGUCGUCGUGCUCAGCAAGAACGUCGAAGCUGCUCAGCCCCUCUCGACGUUUGUGCACAUCGCCCUCGCGAAGCUGGCAGCCACCUUCGCCUUGGCCGCUCCCGUGGUGGUCGCCAGCGGCGUCGUGGCGACCGCCCGCGCUGCGUCGCGCGGAGGCGUAGAAGUGCGGUCCUUCACGACGUCGGCAUCGCCUCCUCGCGGUGUGCGCCGCCUACGCUUCGAUCUUCACCUGGGCCGGACUCAUCACCCCACGCGCGCUUUCUACGGCCUCGUCUACGUGCUCGUCUGGGAGGGCAUUCUCAGUUCAUUCCUGACAGGCGUUCGCUACCUCAGCGUACGCGGCUACACUCUCUCCCUCCUCCACGGCAUCGAUGCCAAGAACUUCGAAAUCCUCGAAGAGCGCGUGAUAGCGUUCCCCGCGGCCAUCGUCGGGGCCGUCGGUGUCGCGCUGGUGUUCUUCUUCCUCGCGCAGCUACACGCAGCCUGCGCACCAUGA